UCCGCAUAGCUACAGACUAAGGUCCAGCAGUCCCUCAGGUCCUCCUCCUUCUCCCCCCCCCAAUCCCUUUCGUCCCCACCCCCUUCCAACCCCUAGUAGCCGGUUACGGGAGGGGGCUGGGCGGCUUCUCCCUUCUGUUCGUUAGGUCGGUCAGCGGGCGUCGAUUUAGAGAAAGAGACGGAAGCCAGCCGCUUUCCUGGGCUGCGCAUCACCUCCUGACUGCUGAUUAAACAUUCUACAUUGGCACUUGACAUUUGCCACAAAGACCGAAUAUGCCAACAGUUGAGAGUGAAGCAAAGGCAAAAACCAAAGUCCGUUUUGAAGAACUCUUUAAAAGUCAUGCUGAUUUAGUAGCUGAUAAAAAGAAAUCCAAGAAGAAGGUUAUUAAUUCUGAAGAAAACAUUUUGCUUGACACCUUGCGGAGUAAUCAUGAUCUUACCAAAGAAAGUAGAAAUGAUGAGGCAAUUAUCAGCAGCACUUGUAAUCCAGAGAAGAGUCCACGAUUCACUAAAAACAAACCAAAGGACAGAAGGUCAAUAGCUGAAAAAAUAAGCAAUGAUGAUUUUACUGUAGAAGAAAACCAACAAGUAAAGCCAAAUAAGAAGAAAAAGAAAUCAGUGUUACAAGAACAGUCCAACAAAGAAGAAAAUACAGAGAAAGUAGAACCAGGGAGUUUUGAAAGGAAGAUUUAUCAUUCUCCAAGAAAAACAAAAAAUAAAUUGCCAUCAGGUGUAUCUCAUCAAAAGAGUGAAAAGAUAAAAACUGCCACAGAUGAAGUGAGAGACACAACUGAAUUAGAUGAGGAAGAACAGCUAAUACAAGCGUAUGAACUCCAGGUAGCUGAAGAAGCGGCUAAUGCAAUUAGAAAGAAAAUAAGAAUGAAACUUAAAGAGCAGAUGUCUCAUUUAGUCUCUGAUAAUCAAAACCAUGAAGAAAUAUUGAACAAUGAAGUGGGAAAAAAUAAGAAAAAGAAAAAAGGUCCAGUUUUGCCUGAAACAGAAACAAGUGUGGCAUCCAUUUCUGAGCUGCAGCAUAAUGUAGGUGAAGAAAAUAUCAAAAAGAAGAAAUCAUCUGAUGAUGUGCUAACUUCAGAUUUUAAUCAGAGGAAUGAAAUAAAGGCAGAAGAUCAAACUGUCGAGGAAAAUGUGGAAUGGCCAAAAGCUAAAACAAGAAAGACGAAAAAGAAAACUAAAGCAGUUUCCGAAGACAGUGAAGAAAGUGGUAUUGAUAAUGUCCAAGAAGUAACAAGCCCAGAAGUUUCAAGUCAGACCAAUAGUGGGUUUGAAGAUACCCUUAUUUUGGGAGUUUAUGUCCAUCGAACUGAUCGACUUCGAACAGAUUUUAUGAUUUCUCACCCAAUGGUAAAAAUCCAUGUAAUUGAUCAGAAUACUGGGCUGUAUGUCAAGAAAGAGCAUAGCAACCGAGCUGUUUCAUCUUUUUAUGAACAAGAGAGAGUAGAGAAUGUCCUUCCUAUUAUGACUCAGCCUUAUGAUUUCAAACAUUUUAAGUCAAGACUUCCAGAGUGGGAAGAACAAAUUGUAUUUAAUGAACGAUUUAGUUAUUUCCUCCAAGAAUCUGAAGAAAGCCCUAGGGUAAUUCUGUUUUUUGAGAUUCUUGAUUUCUUAAGCAUGGAUGAAGCCAAGGCCAACUCUGAGGUUCAAGUCCAGGAAAGGGGUUUUCGCAAAAUUGCAUGGGCAUUUCUCAAGCUUGUAGGAGCCAAUGGGGUUUUGAAUAUCAAUGGAAAACUCCGUCUUCAACUAUACUGUCCACCUCCUAGGAUUAGAUCACAGUUAAAUGUUGUUGAAGUUUUUGAAUGGUGGUCAAAAUGUCCAAGGAUUCGUUAUCCAUCAACAUUGUAUGUAACCAUAAAAGGCCUGAAACUCCCAGAUCAUGUAGAUCCUUCUUUUCGUUCUAUGAUGGCACUUCAGCAGGAACAAGGUAGUACAUCAUAUGGUGAACUUCAGAAGGAGACAAGUAAAAGAGGUAGUGAACCAGUUUCAGAUGACCAAAAGGAAAUAAUAAAGUGGUCAAGGUUGCCUGGGCAGGUUUGCCGUAUCCCAAACAAGCACCUGUUUUCACUGCAUGCAGGAGAACGAGGAUGUUUCUGUAUUAAUUUCUCCCAGAAUGGAAGAAUGUUAGCAGCGGCAUGUGCAGGCCAUGAUGGGUAUCCUGUUAUUUUAUAUGAAAUCCCUUCGGGGUGUUCCUUGAGAGAAUUUUGUGGUCACCUCAAUAUUGUUUAUGAUCUUUGCUGGUCCAAAGACGAUCAACAUCUUCUUACUGCAUCCUCUGAUAGCACUGUCAGAAUGUGGAAAAUUGAAAGCCAAGGCUCAGCUGCUGUAAAAGUUUUCCCUCAUCCUUCAUUUGUCUAUACGGCCAAAUUUCACCCAGUUGCAGGGUACCUGGUAGUUACGGGAUGUUAUGAUUCUGUGAUAAGAGUGUGGAAUGUUAAAGUGAAAGAAGUUCAUGGUCAGUUAUUACAGGAAUUUGAUGGCCACAAAAGUUUUAUCAACUCUCUCUGUUUUGAUGCUGAAGGACUUCAUAUGUACUCAGGAGACAGUUCAGGAUUGAUUAUUGUCUGGGAUACGUUGGUCAGAGAAAAUGAACAACAUCCAGUUCGACUUUGGAACAUAAAUAAGGAAAUUAGAGAAAAUGAUAUUAAGGGGAUUCCUAUAAGCCACUUAGAAGUUCAUCCAAAUGGAAGGCGUUUGUUAAUACAUGCCAAGGAUAGUACUCUGAGAAUUAUGGAUCUCCGGAUAUUAGCAACAAGGAAGUAUGUAGGUGCUGCAAACUACAGGGAGAAGAUUCAUAGUACUUUAACACCAUGUGGGACUUUUCUCUUUUCUGGGAGUGAGGAUGGUAUAGCAUAUGUUUGGAACCCAGAAACAGGAGACCAAGUUGCAAUGUAUUCUGACCUUUCAUUCACAUCACCUCUUCGAGAUGUUGCUUUUCAUCCACAUGAACAUAUGGUGGCAUUUUGUGCAUUUGGUCAAAAUGAGCCAAUACUGGUCUAUAUUUAUGAUUACAAAGUUGCUCAGCAGGAGGCUGAAAUGGUCAAAGAUUUCAAUGGAUCCCUCACAGCAACUGGAACACAUAGAAAUCCACUAUUUUUUAGCAGUUCCUCAGCAAUGCAAGAUACAGUGGCAUCUGCCACUGAUCAGUUCAUCAGUGCUGCUAGAGUGUCUAUGAGAAUGCAGAAAGUGAAACAGAAACUUGAAUCAGUCAUGGCCAGCUCAAAUCUCUUGCUUCCUGCUCCAUCAUUGUUCUCACCACACUCUAAGUUCAGACUGUCAAAUACGAUGGGCACUCAUCUGAUUCCUCAGCAUCCUUUUACUACUCAGAGUGGAGGUUUCAGCCCAGUAGGAAAACCUACACGAAUACCAUCAAGCACACUGCAAAUGAGUGACAAUUCUCUAGUAUCAUUACCUAAAAGGAUAGGAACAGAUAGCUCAUUGCCAGGUCCAGAGACUCAAAACUGUCAAAGUGUCAAAGAAUUUAUUCAAGCACAUCUGCUCCGCACAAGGAUAGAACGGGAUCUAAAGGUAGUAGCUCUUUAUGACUACACAGCGCAUCGAUCAGAUGAGCUCACCAUCCAUCGGAGUGACAUUAUCCAAGUGUUGUACAAAGAUAAUGAUAACUGGUGGUUUGGCAGCCUCACAAAUGGACAGCAGGGUUAUUUUCCAGCUAAUUAUGUGGCUGGUAAAAAACAGCAUGACACCCAGUCAUCAGAGAUAGUACAAAAGUCUUCUUCUUAUUUCUCCACUAAAGUAACUGAAGAAAAGAGAUCUCCAACUCCACAAGAGAUGUCAAAGGUUCUCAGCAAGUCCCAGGAUCUUAAAUUGUCUGACACACAUUUAGAGUCACCUGCAAUACAAGAAGUAAGAAAGAAGAAAAGACUUCAGAAGAAUGAGAUGACAGGAUCCAAACUAAAUGAAAUGGCUCUUCGUCCUUCAGAAAUUCCAGAUGUGAAUGCUCAGGUAGAAGGUGAAUCCAGACUUGUUCUUAGAGCAGAAACAAAGAAGAGCCCCAAAAGAGCUCUAACCCCCUCAAAGAUGGCCAAGGAAAUGAAUGGGGCCUUGGAGUCUGAUGGUUUGAAACCUGUAUAAUAGUGGCCGUCCAACUCUUGGUACUUAUUAGUGAUUGCAUCAGGAUUGCUCCUGUUGGCAAAUCAAUAAAGAAUAAUAUCACUGCUGUUCACCAGACACAAAGGAAAAAAACACAAUUUAUAUCGAUGGGGUAAAUGUUGUUUAACAAUUCUAUAGAUUUGCACAUGGGUAAUAUGCCAAUUUAUAAGAUUCACUAAAAACUGUGGUGAUUCCACUUUGCAAUUUAACUUUUUUUUUUUUUAAUAAAUCCAUAUUAUAGAAUUGUGUAUUUGGAAUUCCUAAGGAAUUAUCACAUCUUAAAACAAGAAAACUAUUUAAAGGAAAUGUGCACUUCUGAGUGUUACUUUUUUAUAUUUGUUUUAAAUGAAGAUAUGUUUACUUUGUAAACACAGACUAAAAAAUAUAACAUUCAUUUGUUUUGGCUGACCUUGCAGUAAUGUUCUAGACUCAUUCAGUUGAAAAUAUUUCAUAUUCAAGUGUAU